CGAUGGCGGUAGACGAAUUACCUCCUGGGUUUCAAAGUGUCAAAACUAUAAAAACUGAAAAAGAAUUCUCGCAUGUCAGAAAAUGGUAACCCUUUUUUCUCUUUUUUUCUUUAUCAUUAUAUAUUUUAACAAUUGAUACCAAUUAACGCAAUGGAUCUUGCUAUUUUCCCUCCUGAAAUCACUCAAAUUAUUCUCGAAUAUCUUCCUAUAAAAGACUUGGUUCGUGCUGAACGUACUUCCAAGUUAUUACAACUCUUUUGUCUCUCGGAAAUCGAACGUCGUAUUAAAACUGGUGCUUUAAAAGAUGAAUUUGGUCUUUUGAUUCAUAUUGGUCAAACGACAGCUCAACCUCAACAAUUUGAUCCUAUCACCAAAACUGUCCAAUAUAUUAUUCCUAUGGAUCCUAUCACUAUCAAUACAAUGUAUGAUCAUCGUCGACAUAUUCAAUGCUCUUUAUUACGGAAACAAUUAAUAGGUAAUAAAUAUCUUUCUCAACAUGGUUUUACUAUUCCUGUGGAAAAAGGUAUGGUGGAAGGAAAGACUAUUCCAUUUGCCAUUCAAGAUAAACAUUAUCAACUCGAUGGUUCAUUGACUAGAAUGGAACCUGUCACCAACAAGAGUUCAAAAAAGUUAUCUUUGGCCCCAACCCCUCUGUCUUAUUCUCUUCAAGUCACUGGAAUGCGUUUACCAUUAUCUACUAUUGCUGCUUAGAGUUUUUUUUUUUAUUGUGCCGGUAGGCUGGUACUACUGACAUUAUCUAUACCCACCUUUCUCCUAACUACUAUAGCUAGUUAUAUCUUAUUUACUGCAUCAUCAUUUAAUAAACAAAAAUACAAUCAAGCAUAUCAUGACAUUUU